AUGCCCCUGUUCAGCUGGAUGAAAUGGUUGCGUGCUGAACGAGAAAAGGCGCAGGAUGAAGGGGCGUCCACAGGGAUAUCACCCAGCUGCACACUGAUCAGGGAGCUGCUGUGGCACGUGGAGGAGAGGGAGUGCAUGGCGCGGGAGGUGGAGCAGGAACACAAGCUGGCCCACAACACCGUGGGAUACCCCCACUGGCUCCAGAGCUACCCCAGUUUACACACGCUAAUCCCCGCAUCGGAGCGCCGCCAGCUGGAGCACUUGUGUGCCCAGAUCCACCCUAUGCACACCGCUACAGUGCUCUCCAGGUUCCGUGACGUGCUGGCCAGCAACAAGAUCCUGCCCUGGGAGCUUGUGUACGUCUUCAAGCAGGUGCUGAGAGACUUCCUCAACAAAGAGGAAGGGGAAGAAGAGGAGGAUCACAUGCCGGAGCCAGAACUGCUUGGGCCAAUGGAGGCCUGGACCAACAGAUACCAAAUGAAGCAGGGAUUUGUCACACCUACUGUGCCCAACUGUGGUGAGCCCCAGAGAGAAGAGAUCCCAACCAUCUCUGGCUAUGUGGACCGUACCAUGAGAGGCUCUUAUCCUUUCACUGCCCAUAGGGUCUGGGACCUUCCCUACUACUACCCAGUGCCACACAACUCCACAGAAGCCUACAGCACCCCACUGUGA